AUGGUUUAUUUUGGACGCGGUUUGGACUUUGGAGAUUGCGGCUUAUUGCUGAAGAACGUCACCAGCAAGGAUCAAGGAACAUGGACUUGCUACGGAAGGGAACUGGAUUCCGAAAUAGAACUGUCGGACAUCACCUCUGUCACUAUGCAUAGGAGUCUGAACAUAGGCGGAGGCGGCGCCCACAUGAGGGGCGGCGUCUACGACGGCAAAAUCGCAGGCCUCUACGACCUGGAGGAGACACUCGGUCGUGGACACUUUGCCGUCGUCAAGUUGGCCAGGCACGUCUUCACCGGCGAGAAGGUUGCAGUCAAGGUCAUAGACAAGAGUAAACUGGACGACGUGUCCAAAGCGCAUCUGUUCCAAGAGGUGAGAUGCAUGAAGCUGGUGCAGCAUCCGAACGUCGUGCGAUUGUACGAGGUCAUCGACACGGCGACGAAGCUCUACCUGAUCUUGGAACUGGGAGACGGCGGCGAUUUGUACGAUUACAUCAUGCGCCACGACACCGGCUUAUCCGAGGUGCUGGCUCAGGAGUACUUCAGGCAGAUCGUGCGCGCCAUCACCUAUUGCCAUCAGCUGCACGUCGUCCACAGAGAUCUGAAGCCCGAGAACGUGGUGUUCUUUCAGAAGCUGGGCGUAGUCAAAUUGACGGACUUUGG